AAGGGGCAGAGGAGAGACGGCUAGAGUGGAUUACUGAAAGGGUCAGAGGAGAGACGGCUAGAGUGGAUUACUGAAAGGGGCAGAGGAGAGACGGCUAGAGUGGAUUACUGAAAGGGGCAGAGGAGAGACGGCUAGAGUGGAUUACUGAAAGGGUCAGAGGAGAGACGGCUAGAGUGGAUUACUGAAAGGGUCAGAGGAGAGACGGCUAGAGUGGAUUACUGAAAGGGUCAGAGGAGAGACGGCUAGAGUGGAUUACUGAAAGGUGUGACGAGCCCGUUCGUGAUAGAAAACUCUCUGAGGUGUGGUUUCAUCACGUUUUAAUGUUUGUUUUUUACAAUCACUUUUACAAGUGUCAGGAACAGAUUUUGAUUAUCUUUGGUGAUCUUCACCUCUGACUAGUUGAACAUUAACAGCUGAACUCCCAUAUAGUGUGUCGGGGGAAAUGUAAUGUUAAACGGAGGUGAGGAGGGUUCACAGUGCAGCCAGAAGGGAGCUGUUGUCGAGAGGGUUAGACGAAGACGUUGGUUUCAGUCUGGAGAUGUACUCCAUCCGCAGCCUGCCCAGCAUGGUGUAUCGGGAGCAGCCAGAGGAAGACGGAGUAGAGGACAUGACGCAGCUGGAGGAGCUGUCUGAGGGAGCUGUGCUGCUCAACCUGAAGAAGAGGUUUGAGAGACAGAUCAUCUAUACAUAUAUAGGUAGUAUCCUGGUCUCAGUGAACCCCUAUCGGAUGUUCAACAUGUACGGAACUGACAUGGUGCUGAAGCACAAGGGAACCGCUCUGGGAGAGAACCCUCCACACCUGUUUGCCAUAGCAAACGUCUCCUACACCAAAAUGAUGGAUGCCAAACAGAACCAGGUUAUUAUAAUCAGUGGGGAGAGUGGAUCAGGGAAGACUGAGGCCACUAAACUGCUGCUGCGUUACCUAGCAGCAAUACACCACAAACACAACAUUACACAACAGAUUCUUGAGGCAGCUCCUCUUCUGGAAUCAUUUGGAAAUGCCAAAACAGUUCGUAACGACAACUCCAGUCGCUUCGGGAAAUACGUGGAGAUCUAUCUGGAACAGGGUGUUAUCAGCGGUGCCAUAACCUCUCAGUAUCUGAUGGAAAAGUCCCGUAUAGUCUUCCAGGCCAAAGACGAGAGGAACUACCAUAUCUUCUAUGAGAUGCUGUCAGGUCUUCCCCCCCAGCAGAGACAGGCCUUCUACCUGCAGGAGGCAGAGACAUACUAUUACCUGAACCAGGGAGGUGAUUGUGGCAUAGCAGGAAAGAGUGACAGGGAGGACUUCCUCCGUCUGCUGGCUGCCAUGGAGAUCCUUCACUUCACCCCUGACGACCAGGCGUUCAUCUUUAGAGUCCUGUCUUCUAUUCUACACCUGGGGAACGUCUACUUCCAAAGAUACGAGGCGGACGGCCAGCAGGUGGCGUCUGUGGUCAGUGCUCAGGAGAUCAGAGUCAUCGCUGAACUGCUCCAGAUCUCCCCUGAGGGACUCCAGAAGGCCAUCACACACAAAGUCACGGAGACCAUGAGGGAGAAAAUCUACACCCCUCUGACAGUAGAGAGCGCUGUAGACGCCAGAGAUGCUGUUGCCAAGAUUCUGUACGCUCUGUUGUUCCACUGGCUGACUGAGAGGAUUAAUGGACAGGUGUACCCUCGACAUCACGCGCUGUCAAUAUCUGUACUGGAUAUAUAUGGCUUUGAGGACCUGUCCUUCAACAGCUUUGAGCAGCUCUGUAUCAACUAUGCUAAUGAGUCCCUGCAGUUCUUCUUCAAUAGGAUCGUCUUCAGACAGGAACAGGAGGAGUACAACAGGGAGCAGAUCCCGUGGCAGGACAUCCCGUUCAGCGACAACCAGGCCUGCAUCGACCUCAUCUCCUCUAAACCCCAUGGCAUACUGAAGAUCCUGGACGAUCAGAGCUGUUUCCCCCAGGCGACAGACCACACCUUCCUCCAGAAGUGUCAUUAUCACCAUGGUAACAACAAGAUCUACCUGAAGCCAAAGAUGCCCCUCCCAGAAUUCACCAUCAAACACUUCGCUGGCCCGGUCACCUACCAGGUUCACAAGUUUCUGGAUAAGAACUACGACCAAGUUGGACAGCAGGUUCUCGACCUGUUCAGCCACAGCAAGAACAAGAUGGUGGCCAACCUCUUCCUGGUUCACGCGGAGGUCGUAGGUCAGCAUAGAGGUCAUGUGAGGAAGAGCAGCACGGUGACCCGGAGACACCAGCCCCCCACCGUCUCCACCAAGUUCACCCUGUCACUACUGGAACUGGUAGACAAGAUGGAGAGGUGCAACCCAUCGUUUAUACGCUGCAUUAAGCCAAACAAACAGAAGGAGCCAGGUGUGUUUGAGACGGAGCUGGUCGGCAGUCAGCUGAGGUAUUCUGGUAUCUUGGAGACCAUCAGGAUCCGUAGAGAGGGUUACCCUGUUAGACUGGCCUUCAACGUCUUCCUGUUCAGGUAUAAGUCUCUGGUGGGUUUGAAGCAGCUUCCAGCUCCUGAUGGGGAGAACUGUGUCAUUCUGCUCAGCAAACUGGUUCCCCUCCGACCCGGGGCCUACCAAGUAGGAGUUACUAAGCUGUUUCUGAAGGAGGAUGUGUACCAGUUGUUGGAGUCUAAGAGAGAGCGUGUCCGUCAGGUGGCGGCCCUCACCCUGCAGAGAUACACUCGUAUGUUCUUCGUCAGGAAACGGUACAAGGAGUUCCGAACCAAGAUCAUCAGACUACAGGCCUACUGUAGAGGCUUCCUCACCAGGAAGCGCUAUUUGAAGAUGAGAAAGAGUCUGGUCAAGUUCCGUUCUCUCAUCCACAUGUACGUCACCCGCAAGAGAUACAUCAAGAUGAAGCUGGAGGCCCGCAGGAAAGCAGAGGAGGAGAGGAGGAGGAGAGAGGAGGAGCUGACGAAGAGAGAGGUGGUUAACGUCACUCACCUGGUGAUCCCUGCCGAGCUGGGCUCUUUACUGCAGGCUGCAGCAGGUGGCAGAGAGCUCCACUCUGAGUGUCUAGCUCUGGUCCAGGCACCACACAUCCAGGAGGAGAACCAGCUGACUCUGCCGCUGGACAUUAACAACUACCCCUUCAGCCGCUACGCACAACUCUACUUCAGGGAGCCGAUGUUUGGGAUGCUAACGGUUCCCUUGGAGAGGACCUUGACGUGUACGGAUGAGGACCUCCGACAGGAAGCUCUGGAGCUGUUCGUUAUGAUCCUGAGGUUCAUGGGCGACCCCCACCUGAAUGGGGCUCAGGAGAACCUGUUUGGGAACUACAUAAUCCAGCGAGGACUGGCCAAUCAGGGCCUGCGAGACGAGAUCCUGGCUCAGCUGGCCAACCAGGUGUGGCGGAACCCUAACCAUGACAACGCAGAGAGAGGCUGGCUGCUGUUGCUGGGGUGUGUCUGCUGCUUCCCCCCCUCCGCCAGGCUGCACACACACCUGCUGAAGUUUGUGUCUGACCACGCCCCUGCUGGUUGCCGGGCGCUGCUGCAGCACCGGCUGAUCCAGGCCAAUCAGAAGUCCCGGCUGGUAUCAGGCUCCGCCCCUGAGACAGCACGCACCUAUCCACUGGCUCUGUUGGAGUGGACAGCCAAUAGGAAGAGGGCUAACAUGGUGCUGCAGGUGACCUGCUUCGACGGAGAAUCGUUCCUGUGUCCCGUCCAAUCCUGGACGAGUGGAGAAGACCUGGCUGGAGACAUCCUACGACACAGGGGAGUGGGUGAUUUGUGGAGGGGGUAUUCUAUACUGAUGAAGGAGCAUGGGCAGUGGGCGGAGCUAGCCGGUCAUGAUUACGUCAUGGAUCUGAUAUCAGACUUGGAGCUGCCGUCUGACUUCCCCAAACAGAAGAGUUACUUCGUCAUCUCAGCUGAGGAUCCUAAUAGAGUUCGAACCAACGGCAGUCUGACUCUGUUUGGCAGUGGUUUUGACAGUGACGAGGAGCUGCCCUUCCUCAGCACCACCCAACCUGCGUACAGCCUGCCAGACUCUGAAGGAUACUCCAGCCACGUGGAGUCGGAUGUGUUCAGCGACGGUCAGACUCAGAGAGGGUUGGAUCGCUACCUGGACAGCCUCUUCACCCCUGUGUUAUCAGACGACAGCAUGGACCUGGACAAGCCAGCCAGUAUGACAGGCCGGAUGAAGGGAGGAGGAGGAAUAGGAGGAGGAGAGGAGGAGAGGGGUCAGGCCCCCGCCAGCAGACCAUACCCCCCAGGACUACAGCCCGGAGGUUCUCCAGAACAGACAGAGAUGGCUCAGCAGCAACAGACCAUCAUCAACCAGCAAGCCAUCAUACUGGCCCAGCAGAUGACCAUGCAGGCCAUGGCUUUCCAGCAGCAGAUGUUGUCUUCCUUCCCCCUCGCCCCCCAGGCCCCUCCCACACAACCACCCCCCCGCACCUCCAGCCAUACUGACGAAGCUCCAGAGAGCCCUUACCAGACCAGCCGGAACUCCGCCCAGCAGCCCUCCUCCUCCUCCAGGAAACACAGUCCGACACGGGUUGCCCCUCCUGAUGACAUGGUGCGGGCCAGGGCCCCCCCUCCUGAUGACAUGGUGCGGGCCAGGUCCCCCCCUCCUGAUGACAUGGUACGGUCCAGGGCCCCCCCUCCAGAAGGAGUGGUCCAGUCCAGCCUGUCUGACUCAGAAAGCCCCUCCCACAACAUCAAGGAUAUGAUCAGACAGUACCAACACCCAUCUAACCCUGCACCCAGCCAGCCUGCACACACACACAGGAAGGGGGAGGGGAAGAUGUUUAUGAAGAAGCCGGACCCUCAUGAUGAAGCCAUGUAUAUCCUGAAAGACCAGAUGGCUAACCCACCACCACAGAAGUCUUUCUCUCCGGCGGCGCCUCGGGAACCAAGGGAGAUGGGUGGAUCCAAAGUCACCAAGGCAACCAAACCCCGCCCACCUGCUCUAGUCGACUCCGACAGCAGCCCCCUCCCCCCAACAGUGUCCAGAGAGUUGCCUGUAGAGGAAGAGACCAGCCAGACCCAGCUCCACCACAGGACCAGUGAAGAACACUACACUUACACUAACACACCCUGGAAGAUUUACCUGAGAAAAGAGGUGUUCUACCCUAAAGACAACUUCAACACUCCUCUGCUGCUGGAGCUGCUGUUCAGACAGAUAGUCCACGACACCUUCUCAGAGGCCUGCCUCCGCAUCACUCAGGAGGAGAGGACCAAGAUGAAGGCUCUGUUUGUGGAGCACCAGGUGGGCCAGGAUGGAGCCACACAGGAUGAGAGUGUGAAGAAGGAAAUCGUGACGAUGGCCAGAGACUCCUGGGAAAUAUAUUUCUCACGACUCUUCCCUGCAUCGGGCAGUGUGGGUACUGGCGUGCAGGUGGUCUCUGUGUCUCAUCGAGGCAUCAAGCUGUUGAAGAUGGUGAGAAGCAGCGCUGUUGCCCCGGACUACUUCAGAGUGCUACGCCCUUACAGUUACGCGGACAUCCUGUUCGUGUCCAUUCCAUCUAAGAACAUGUUGGAGUUUAACCUGACCAAUGAGAAGCUGAUACUGUUCUCCGCCAAGGCUCCACAGGUCAAACACAUGGUGGACUACUUCAUCACAGAACUGAAGAAGGACUCUGAGUACGUGGUCGCAGUGAGGAACUACGUCACAGAAGACCGAACUCUGCUCAGCUUCCACAAGGGAGACAUCAUCAGACUACACAGGGUGGAUGGGCUGGAGGAGGGACGAUGCUACGGCUGCAUCGUCAGGAAGAAGGUCGUGUUGCUGGAGGACCUAAAGAGAGACACUCCUGAGUUUGGCUGGCGGUACGGGGCGGUGUACGGACGGUGGGGUGUGUUUCCAGGUGAGUGUGUUCAGCCGGUGGCCGCUCCAGACUUCCUGGUUCUCCCUCCUGAGAGGGCGGAGCCUCGUGACAGACAAGGCCGUGUUGCCGCCUCCGCUGCAAUCGCCGUGGCGAUGGGCUCUACUGUUGCCGCCCAUGAACUGGACCUCAACACAGAGUCUGUGGUAGGGUAUGGGGAGGACAGCAGUAGUCUCCAUCUAGAAGGACUCCCUCUACAGGCCAGUCACUACAACAUGGACGAGUUCUCCAGGAAGUACUACAGACGAGCUCAGAGGGACCAGCAGAAGACCAGGAAGGGGAAGGAGAGCAGGGAACCAGCGGACAUGGUGACGUACUCUAAGUCCCCUCUCCAGGAGUCUCUGAUAGACUUCACAGACAGCACCAUGAACAAGGUGGCAGCUGACAUCUCCCUGGCUGUGAUGAAGUUCAUGGGAGACUACCCUCUGAAGGGACAGACAGAACAGGACCUGGUCUCAACCAUCCUAAAGCUCAGUGGGGAGUAUGGUCUGAUGAAAGAUGAAGCCUACUGCCAGGUGAUGAAACAGGUCACAGGAAACACCAGCUCCAAAACGGACAGUUGUCAGAGAGGAUGGAGACUGCUGUACAUCCUGACUGCGUUCCAUCGCUGUUCUGAGGUCCUGAAGCCCUUCCUUUUAAAGUUCCUGCUGGACGCCUGCUGUAGUCCUGGGGUACACUACCAAGGUAUAGCCAAGGCGUGUGAGCAGAACCUGAGGAGGACCUUCCAAUACGGAGGAAGAAUCGAACACCCCAACAGCAUGGAACUGAAGGCUAUGCUGGCUGGGCGGAGCUCCAAGAGACAGUUGUUCCUCCUACCAGGUGGCAUCGAGAGACACCUCAAAAUCAAGACCUGCUCAGUGUCUCUGGAUGCUAUAGAGGAGCUAUGUAAUGACAUGGGACUGCACAGACUGGAAGCCAUGGAUGAGUACGCUGUAUUUGUGGUCACACACCGAGGUCAGAAUGUCCGUCCCCUCAAUAAGAGGGAGUACAUCCUGGACAUUACUACGGAGGCGGAGCCAGUGGACAGUAACUACAGCCUGUGGUUCAGGAGGGUCAUCUGGACUCAGCCGCUCAAAUUUGACAACGAGCUCUGUGUCACCAUGCAUUAUAACCAGGUGUUACCAGACUAUCUGAAGGCCUUGCUGAGUGUGGUUCCUCAGAGUAAGGCCAGUGAGCAGCAGCUGCAGCAGUUGGCCAAGCUGGCAGCAUUACAACACCGUGCUAAAGAUACAGUCUUCCUGCCCACCAUUGGUGAGGUCCAGGAGUACGUUCCCCCUCAGCUCUACAUCAGACAGCCUCCUCAGCCCUGGCUCAACAUGGUCACUCAGCAUAUGCAGCAGGUCUCUCCUCUGAGCCCUCACCAAGCCAGGGCUCAGUUCCUCGGUCUGGUCAGUGCGUUCCCCAUGUUUGGUUCCUCCUUCUUCUACAUCCAGUCCAGCAGCAACGUCUCUAUCCUGGCUCCCUGUGUGUUGGCCGUCAACCAGAACGGACUGCACUUCCUACACAAGGACUCACAUGAGGCCACGGUGCGUUACCCUCUGAAUGAGAUCCAGUCCACCAGAACCCAGAGACCAACAGGAGGCUCCAGCUCGUCCUAUCCCUACGUAGACAUUCUGCUGGGAGACCUGCUGACGCAGCGAAUCACACAGCUGCAACUGGAACAGGGUCUGGAGCUGUGUCGGGUCAUUGCCAUGCACAUGGAAAACAUGCUCUCUGUCAGGGAGAAGAGACUCACCUUGCCACCGAGUGAGAUCACUCUGUUAUAACACACUGUCUGCCUGUCUGUCUGUCUGUCUGUCUGUCUGUCUGUCUGUCUGUCUGUCUGUCUGGGAGAAGAGACUCACCCUGCCACCUAGUGAGAUCACUGUGCUACAGUGGUUCAACCUUUAAAAGUUUUGAGUUUAUGCCGGGACCGUUAGUGGUAGAUGGUGGUAGUUGGUGUUAGAUGGUGGUAGAAGGUGGUAGAAGGUGGUAGAUGGUGGUAGAUGGUGGUAGACGUGGUAGAUGGUGGUAGAAGGUGGUAGACGUUGGUGGUAGAAGGUGGUAGACGGUGGUAGAUGGUGGUAGACGGUGGUAGACGUUGGUGGUGGAUAGUGGUAAAAGGUGGUAGAAGGUGGUAGAUGGUGGUAGACGUUGGUGGUAGACUGUGGUAGAAGGUGGUAGAAGGUGGUAGAUGGUGGUAGACAUGGUAGAUGGUGGAGACGGUGGUAGAAGGUGGUAGAUGGUGGUAGAUGGUGGUAGACAUGGUAGAUGGUGGAGACGGUGGUAGAUGGUGGUAGAAGAUAGUAGAAGGUGGAACAUGGUAGAUGGUGGUAGACGGUGGUGGUGGAUAGUGGUAGAAGGUGGUAGAAGAUAGUAGAAGGUGGUAGAAGGUGGUAGAUAGUGGUAGAAGGUGGUAGACGGUGGUAGAUGGUGGUAGACGGUGGUAGACGUUGGUGGUGGAUAGUGGUAGAAGGUGGUAGAUAAUGGUAGAAGGUGGUAGAUAGUGGUAGAAGGUGGUAGAUGGUGGUAGAAGGUGGUAGAUGUGAUAGACGGUGGUAGGUGGUGGUAGAUGGUGGUAGAAGGUGGUAGAUGGUGGUAGAAGGUGGUAGAUGGUGGUAGUUAGUGGUAGAAGGUGGUAGAUGGUGGUAGAUGGUGGUAGACGGUGGUAGAUGGUGGUAGAAGGUGGUAGAUAGUGGUAGACGGUGGUAGAAGGUGGUAGGUGGUGGUAGA